AUGUUUUUUAAUAGGACACACACUUCGAAAUGGCUGGUUCCAUUAUCAGUCCUUUGCUAUGUAUUAUUUUUGGUGGUUCUUCCCCUAAAUGGUGGUAAUAAGACUUCUAACUUCUUAGUACGUGCAGAUGACGCUACUAAUUAUGGAACUGUUAUUGGUAUUGAUUUGGGUACCACGUAUUCUUGUGUUGCAGUUAUGAAAAAUGGUAAGACCGAGAUUUUGGCUAACGAACAAGGUAAUAGAAUUACACCAUCCUACGUUGCAUUUACCGACGAAGAAAGACUUAUUGGUGAUGCAGCAAAGAAUCAAAUUGCUUCAAAUCCUCAUAACACUGUUUUUGACAUCAAAAGAUUAAUUGGGUUGAAAUAUAAUGAUAGAUCUGUCCAAAGAGAUAUCAAACAUUUACCAUUCAAAGUUGUUAAUAAGGAUGGUAAACCAGCUGUUGAAGUCACUGUCAAAGGUGAAAAGAAAGUGUUUACCCCGGAAGAAAUCUCUGGUAUGAUUUUAGGUAAAAUGAAACAGAUUGCUGAGGACUAUCUAGGACACAAAGUCACUCAUGCUGUUGUUACUGUGCCAGCAUACUUUAAUGAUGCCCAAAGACAAGCUACUAAGGAUGCUGGUACCAUUGCUGGUCUAAACAUUUUAAGAAUUGUUAACGAACCAACAGCAGCAGCAAUUGCAUACGGUUUAGAUAAGGAUAAGAAAGAACACCAAAUUAUUGUUUAUGACUUAGGUGGUGGUACUUUUGAUGUUUCCUUAUUAUCUAUUGAAAAUGGUGUCUUUGAAGUACAAGCUACUUCUGGUGAUACACACUUAGGUGGUGAAGAUUUCGAUUAUAAGAUUGUCCGUCAAUUGAUCAAAGUCUUUAAGAAGAAACAUGGUAUUGAUGUAAGUGAUAAUAAUAAAGCUUUGGCCAAGUUAAAGAGAGAAGCUGAAAAGGCUAAACGUGCUUUAUCUAGCCAAAUGUCCACACGUAUUGAAAUUGAUUCUUUUGUGGAUGGUAUUGACUUAAGUGAAACUUUAACAAGAGCUAAAUUUGAAGAGUUAAACUUGGAUCUUUUCAAAAAGACUUUAAAACCUGUCCAAAAAGUAUUGGAAGAUGCUGGUUUAGAUAAGAAGGAUAUUGAUGAUAUUGUACUUGUUGGUGGUUCUACUAGAAUCCCCAAGGUUCAACAAUUAUUAGAAAGUUACUUCGGUGGUAAAAAGGCAUCUAAAGGUAUCAAUCCUGACGAAGCUGUUGCUUAUGGUGCAGCUGUUCAAGCAGGUGUUCUAUCUGGUGAAGAAGGUGUUGAAGAUAUCGUCUUAUUAGAUGUUAAUGCUUUGACUUUGGGUAUCGAAACUACCGGUGGUGUCAUGACUCCAUUAAUUAAGAGAAAUACAGCUAUCCCAACUAAGAAGUCACAAAUUUUCUCUACUGCUGUUGAUAAUCAACCAACAGUUAUGAUUCAAGUUUUUGAGGGUGAAAGAGCAAUGUCUAAAGACAACAAUUUGUUAGGUAAAUUUGAAUUAACUGGUAUUCCUCCUGCUCCAAGAGGUGUUCCUCAAAUCGAAGUUACCUUCGCUUUAGAUGCUAAUGGUAUUUUAACCGUCUCCGCAACUGACAAAGGUACUGGUAAAUCUGAAUCUAUUACAAUCACUAACGACAAAGGUAGAUUGUCUAAAGAAGAGAUUGAAAGAAUGGUCGAAGAAGCUGAAAAAUAUGCCUCUGAGGAUGCAAGUUUCAAAGCCAAGGUCGAAGCUAGAAACAAGUUAGAAAACUAUGCUCAUUCUUUAAAGAAUCAAGUUAAUGGAGAAUUAAGUGACAAAUUAGAAGAAGAUGAUAAAACUACAUUACUAGAUGCUGUCAGUGACGUUCUAGAAUGGUUGGAUGACAACUUUGACACUGCUCUUGCAGAAGACUUUGAGGAGAAAUUCGAAGGAUUAUCCAAAGUUGCAUUCCCAAUAACUUCUAAAUUAUAUGGUGCCAACGGUGAGGGUGCAUCUUCUGGCGUCUAUGAUGAAGAUGAGGAUGAAGAUGAUGACAGUGAUUACUUCGAACAUGAUGAAUUGUGA